AGUGGGAAGCUGUUGUUUGGACUUGGGACUUGGCCAGUCACGGGAUAAAGGAAAAGGUAUUCCUGGGAAAAGGAGGGGACGGAAAUGAAGAAAUUGAGAUGGGCAAUGGACGGGAGUUUCUGGGACCUGGAUAUGUCGACGCCGGCGACCCUCGACGGACUGGCUCGACCAGUUCCCGGUGACACACUUCCCUUGGGUUUGACCAGAGGCGUCAGACUUUCCAGACCCAAGCAGAUCGAUUUCUUCCAGCGCUUUAUGACAAUGCCCUUUGUCCCUUCCUACGUCUCCAACGACUCAGCUCGUGGCGGUCACGGCUUCUCUCUUCAGCGUGUCCUCACUCUUCCCUUUGGUGAACACUGGUUUGCAACUUUGCUAGGUCAGUUCAAUUUGCAGCAGUUUGUGUCUUCUGUCAAAGAGAAUGGAUCAAUGCAACCCUCAGAAUCCUCGUGGCUGAAAACCUUUGGAAGACACCUUCGCAAUAAAUCAUUGUAUGCACUUGGUUUCUGUUCAGAGUUCUUGAUAACACCUAAUGAUACAGUACUUUUUAGCUUAGAGAAGCAUGGCGAUAAGAAGAUACCUCGAAAGAAAGCCGUUCUUCAUCACAAGUUUCCACAUCAUAAUUUAACUCUGGAGGCGGCUUGGCCAGAACUUUUUGUUGACCAGCUUGGUUCUUACUGGGAUGUACCAUUCUCAAUGGCUAUUGAUCUGGCUUCAGUUGCUUCUAACUCUGGUGCAAGUUAUCACGUGUGCGUCAACCAUAAUGCAGGGUCUCCCAAGCAAUGUGAAGGUCAACAGACCAGAGUACCUCCUAAUCUACUGCCUGGUUUGUGUAUCAAAAGUGCAUUUUCCUUCAAGAAAAAUAUCGACAUUUGGAGAAGUAAAGUUCCAAAGUUGAGAAUGGUGCAACCAUUUGACAUAUUUCUGUCAAAUCCUCAUAUUUCAGCUUCAGGGAUACUUGGUACUGUUGUUAAUGCAUCUCUUGGAGAUAAUAUACUUAGAGAACAAGUAGAAGAUGGAUCUUUGGGUUUUACAGGAGUCAGUCUUCGUGCCCCGGUUGUAAAAGCUGCCAUUUUAGCUGAUGUAUUUGCAUCUGCAUCAUUCUCUGCACAGCAUGGAAACUUCCAGAGGCUAUUCUUGGAUCUUACUCGUUUUUAUGCCCGUCUGGAUUUUCCUUCUGGUGUAAAAUUUAUUUCAGGCGCGAGUCGUCUGGCACAAGAUCUAUACAAUUCUCAACUGCCAAAUCUGGAAACAAUUCAGGCAAUUUGCCCCAAUGCCACCGUUUCACUUCAGCAGCAGAUUGCUGGGCCUUUCAGUUUCAGAGUUGAUUCAGGAGUAACACUUGAUUUGAAGAACAAAGAGUGGCCUUUAAGUGUGAAUGAGCCUGUAUUUGCAAUUGAAUAUGCAUUGCAAGUUCUUGGGUCAGCCAAGGCCACCGCUUGGUAUUCCCCAAAACAGAAAGAAUUUAUGAUAGAGCUUCGUUUUUUCGAGACAUAAACCGUAUUUUUUGGUUUUUGAAGCAAUGCAGUUCUUUUCAUAUUUUUCUUUUGUCUUUGGAUCUUGUAAGAAGAUGUUGCCUAUUCAAAAUAUUUGAUCAUUUCGUGUCA